AUGACAGAAAAUUUUUCUCAAUCGAACAUCCUUAUUUGCGGUUCGUCUCGUGUCGGAAAGAGUACUCUUAUCAAUGCUAUCUGUCAAAAAGAACUUUCAAAAUCGAAUGCAAGUUUAAAUUCUCGUACAAAAAGUAUCGAUCGAUAUUCAUCUCGAAGCGUAGUCGGUGACAUAACUCAUGAGACUACUUUCUGGGAUACACCAGGCAUCGAAUCUUGGAAUGAGAAUGAUGUUCGUACUUAUAUGACAUCAUUAAUCGAAAAAACUCACUCAUUAUGUAUGAUCUAUUGUGCAUCACCUGGUUCGUUCGCCGUAUUAGAUCAUGUUACUUGGAUGGUCUCUGAAUGUCAUCAGAAAAAUAUUUUCUGUGCACUUGUCUGUACAAAUAUGUGGAGUGGCCGUAAUCGACAAAGUGUCGUGGAUGAAUUUUGUAAAUUAUUGAAUACUGUUCAUCCACAAAUCAAGCCAACCAAAGAAGAUGGUAUCAUUUAUUACGAUCGAGUUGUUCUUGUUACAAUGGUGAAUAGUACAAAGUACGUUGAUGAAGACUUCGGAGUUACGAAACCACCAUCUGGCGUCAAUGAACUCAUUUUUGGUAUUGCCAAAUGUCUUGAGCGAGAUUUUAUGAUUGCAUGGUUUCGAACAGUAUCUGAAAAUCAAUCAUUUUGGACGAUAAUGUCCUCAAAAUUAUGCGAUCUAUUCAAAGUAUCAUAUGAAAAAUUCAAUACUUUAUAUCAACAUGCAGGAAAUUUUUUCGGUUUAUUAUUUGAUUUUUCUGAAUUUUAUGACGAUAACACAACUGUACCUUUGCAAUCUAGCGUACACAUGGAUCAAAAUCAUGCUGCAUCAUUGCCACAAAUACCUAUGGUGAAUUUGGAAAAUUGA